AUGCACAUCGGAUACUCAUCCAUUCACGAAGACGAUGUACCCGACGAGCAGAAUGCGAGCCGCCUCGAGUAUUGUUUUGCUACGCUAUCGCCCACGUCCGGUGCCAACGCCGAUAGUUCUUCAGGUGGCGACCGAAACUUCGCUGUUACGUGCCGGUUCCAAGAGAUACCUGACGCGGAACGCAGCUGCUGGUUCGAUCUUGUCAGCGGCGGCGCUGUUAUUGCCGCGAACUUCCCCGUCCCAGCACGGCACGACGAAAAGGGUCUCGAAAUACCAAUGGGCAUCCUAGUCAGAAUUGCUGUCAUUCAUGACGCGAUCGAGUACAAGGGCGGCAUCGUUAUGAAAGGGCCAACCUUGAUGCUUGUUCCGAUCAAGCGCAACGCCGAUUUGUCCAUCAUCCAGUGGCACGUCGUGUCUGCCUCGAAGAAGAGGAAAAGGUUGACGUACCUUGAAGGCGUCGAAAAAUGCAAGCAACGGGCGCUGGUUGACGAGGUCGACUUGCAAUCGUUCUUGCGAUGCCGCGCCAUUGUCGGGUGGUGGGAUCAUGCGAAAUCGAGGCUGGGAGACGAGGACGUCAACUUCGACAAUCUGAGGUGGUCGACCGCGAAGCCCUACGAGCCCUUGAGGGUCCAAAACAUCGCGGCGGGCCUGCAGCAGAUUGGUGUGCUCAACAUCGAGUGCGCACCAGGCCGCAAAGACUCUGGGUACCUCGUCAAGUUCGAGGGACCGUACGGGGAGAUGCUCUCGACAGCGAGGGGAGAGAAAGCGUUCCUUUACGAUACCGUCCAACAGCGGGCCUGGCUCGUCACUUGGGAUGAAGUGAUCCUGCAUAUCAUUCGGAAGAGGAACUCGGACCGGCCUUUUGUCUGCAACGGCGCGCCCGUCAAGAUCCCAACCAUGGGCUCGGCCAUGCAGAGCCUCCUCGUGAACCGAAAGCUGGUCCUCGUAGACGACGAGGACGAACCCGAAACCUUGCGCUUGACGGCCAUCAGGAUUUUCAAUCAGCUCGAAACGUUGGCGGCCAUGGACGACGACAGGAGGCAGGCACCCGAGAAGGCGCUCAACGUCCCGGAUGUGCUCAUCGGCCACGAGUUCAUGUCGAUCUCGCUGGAAGACAGUCCCUGGGGGAAGGACUACCUAGCGGCUACGACCGACACGCUGCUCCGUCUUUAUUUCAAAGGCAAUGAAACAAGCCAAGAGUACCUUACGUCGAGCGGUCUCUGCUGGCACAAGCACCAAAGCGUGAAGCUGUUCGAGAAAUUUCCAGAGCCCGCCUCGAGCGAGUGCGGAUGCAGUCGUCUGCAGCAGAUCGUCCCGAAACCCGUGAGCAUCGGCGCCGUUGACCGCCCCCGUACGGUGGCGGCCGGAGGCGCCGUCAUCUUCGGGAUCGAGAGCAUCAUGGCCAAAUUAACCCUUCCAACCGUGCUCUGGCCGAAGAAGGAUGCCGUCAUGUAUUCGCAGCCGAAUCUUCAAAUCGAGUGCAAAAUGGCAUGCGAGAACGGCUCGCUGGACCGAGUCAAAGAAGACAGAGCCGGCAGAUUGUUUAGCGCUCCUCCAACCCCAAUCAGCGAAGCAUGGAAGAAGAAGGCUUGGGCAAAGCGUGGUAUUGAUGGGGAAACAUUGACUAUCCCGGAAAACGGGCUCGGGGGUAAACGUCAAAAGCAUUGAUGGUAAGGAGGGGGGUUGGGGGGGUAUCGUGGGAGUAUGUGCAGCAAAUAUCACAAGUAGAAAUAUGCCAUGAGAUAUAACCAUUAGUUGUUGCCCCGUAACCAACGGCGUCGUUCUGUUACGUGACAGAACACCAUCGCUACGGUCCCCAGAACCUUCAUAGAAACCGAAUUGGCCAGUAAUGAAACGAAACUAGGCUACAGAGGGACAUAUACACAC